GCCGGCGGAAAGUUCGCGUGUUUGUUUGUGCCUGGAUGUAAAUGUGCAAUAGUUUUGCGUUCGCGGGUGUCAGCAAAACGCUAAACUCUAAUCGCUACAAACACUGCCAAACCAGAACACAACGAUACACCCUGAUCCCAAAACCAAAUCUGGAUAGCCAGGAACUGCAGGAUGUGGCCCGGCUCCGAGCGAGGAAGCUCGCGGGCCCUGGAAAUCCCAACCAGCCAGCAAAAUGCCGGCGGUAGUAGUCAGCAGGAGACUCUGGCCGACAUCGAGCACAUAUCCACCAUCGCCGGCUCCCUGGCCUCCAUUGGAUCUCUCUCGCACACCCAAAUGCGCUACCAAUGCACCAAUGAUGCCGGCUAUGAUACGGAACACACGUCCCUGAACUCGGACUUCGAUGAGGCCGAGCUGCGACGGGAACUACUAAGAGAUAAAUGGAAACUGCUCUUUGACAUGUUCGAUCCCGAGGGUUUUGGCGAAAUAUCCGUCGAGGAAUUCCUGGUGGCCCUCAAGUCGCCGGAGUUCCUGUCCCAAGUGCCUAUGAACAAGCGGGAGCUGCUGCUGGAGCGGGCCAAGAAGGCGAAGCUGCCCACAGGACCCGGCUACGUGACGUUCCAGGACUUUGUGAAUGUGAUGAGCGGCAAGCGGACACGUAGCUUCAAGUGCGCCGUACACCAACGAGAUCGUGAAGUCUGCUCCGAAAACGAUUUCCAGCUGGUGCUGAACGAACCGCCACUCUUUCGCAAAAUGGUGCACGCCGUGGCCAUGGAGAUCCUGCCCGAGGAGCGGGAUCGCAAGUACUACGCCGAUCGCUACACCUGCUGUCCGCCGCCCUUUUUCAUCAUCCUGGUUACUCUGGUGGAGCUGGGUUUUUUUGUUUACCACUCAGUGGUCACGGGUGAGGCGGCCCCAAGGGGACCCAUACCCUCGGACUCCAUGUUCAUCUACCGUCCGGAUAAGCGUCACGAGAUCUGGCGCUUCCUCUUCUACAUGGUGCUCCAUGCCGGGUGGCUCCAUCUCGGCUUUAACGUGGCAGUGCAGCUGGUUUUUGGGCUGCCACUGGAGAUGGUACAUGGUUCCACGAGAAUAGCCUGCAUCUACUUCUCCGGGGUGCUGGCUGGAAGCCUGGGCACUAGCAUCUUCGACCCGGAGGUGUUCCUUGUGGGCGCCAGUGGAGGAGUAUACGCAUUGCUAGCCGCCCACCUGGCUAAUGUGCUGCUCAACUAUCACCAGAUGCGUUAUGGAGUCAUCAAGCUGCUUCACAUUCUGGUCUUCGUUUCCUUCGACUUUGGCUUUGCCAUCUAUGCGCGCUACGCUGGCGACGAACUGCAGCUGGGAUCCUCGAGUGAAUUCCUGGCCAUAGAUCAGACGGAAACGGCAGGUGCUGUUUCGUAUGUGGCCCAUUUGGCUGGUGCCAUUGCUGGCCUAACCAUCGGGCUGCUGGUCCUCAAGAGCUUUGAGCAGAAGCUCCACGAGCAGCUGCUCUGGUGGAUCGCCUUGGGAACCUACUUGGCGCUGGUGGUCUUCGCCAUCGCCUUCAACAUCAUGAAUGGAUUUGCGAUGUUCAACAUACGCGUGGAGAAGAUCCGCGUCACGGAAACCAUUUUCAAUGAUUUCCAGGUGUGAAAUCGCAGGAGGAUAAGCGACAGGAUGACCAGAAUUCGAUCCUUGUUUUGUAUUUAAUUGAUAUUUUGCUUACAUUUUGUUCACUGCGUUCCAUUGAAGUUUUUAUUGUUUUUGGACGUCGAUUAAGUUUCGCGUUUAUUUGUUAGUCCUAUAUCUGUAGGAUCAGAUAUGAAUAUCCCAUUGUAUGCUUACGUGUCAUGCGACGUAAAUUAUUUUGUUUUGUUUGCUAGUUAAGUACAAACAUAUUGUUAGAAUCAUAAGAGAAUAUUUACAACAAAUCGAACUGAUUAGGUGUAACAUAAUGCUCAAGGAAUUACACAUUUUCUACAUAUUAUUAAGAUUAAUCCCAGAACCAGAAGACUUUAUAUAGGAGCUAACAAUGAAUAAAACUCCACAAGCUGUAAAAUAGAAUUACAAAUAUAUAUGCGUGUGCUUUGAGGACUAUAUGGAAACCGAUAUAUUGGCAGUGCAAGCGAUUUAUUCUAAAUUUUACAGGCCUUAUAGCAAUUGAGAUUACUACCUCAACAACAACUGAUAAAUAAUAUAAAUAUAUUCCAAAAAGUUGAAGUAAAUCGGUUUCAAUUUGAUAUAGCCGAGCGCAACUGAGCACUGCCAGCUUUAAGAAAUCAAUUACGACCAAGCAUCAACAGAGUAAAGCAUACAUUUACAUAUUUUCUAUUUACACAUUUUGUUUCACAUGUAAAUAAAAGUACAUUUAAAAUUUA